GAACAAGCCCAAUUCCCCAUCCACAACCUAACAACCCCACUCAACCAUUUCCCCACCUCCGCACGCUACCCAGCCACGAACCUCACCUUCCCGCUCCGCUACAUCCUCGACACGAGCCACUACCAACCAGGCGGGCCAGUCUUCCUCAUCGCCGGCGGCGAGACCUCGGCGCUGAACCGCCUCCCCUUCCUAUCGCAGGGGAUCGUCCACGAACUCGCGCGGAUCUACCAGGGGGCGGCGCUAAUCGUGGAACACCGGUACUACGGGACGAGUUACCCUGACAGCAUUUCCCAGCAAGACAACCAAACCAUCCCCCUCUCCACCCUAACCUACCUAACCACCGAACAAGCCCUAGCCGACUACGCCUACCUCGCCACCCACCUUCCCGUCCCCGACCUCUCCCCGGCCACCACCCCCUGGAUCGCCUACGGCGGCUCCUACGCCGGCGCCUUCGUCGCCUUCCUCCGCCACGCCCACCCAGACCUCUUCUGGGCCUCCAUCUCCAGCUCCGGCGUCACCGCCGCCAUCGCGGAUUACUGGGCGUACUACGAGCCGAUCCGCGCGCACGCGCCCGCGCAAUGCGUCGCCGCGCAGCAGGCGCUCAUCGCCUGGGUCGAUCGGGUGCUUCUCUUGCCCAAGGCGGCGGCGGCGGCGGCGGCGGCGGCAGCAUCUUCCCACGCAAAGGAGUCACCCUCCGGAUCGAAAGACCAUGCGGAAGUGCUGAAGGGGGUGUUCGGGGGCAGUGCGCCGGGCCUCACGGAUGAGAAGUUCGUGGCCGGGUUGGCGGAGCCGUUGGGGUUGUGGCAGGAGCGGAAUUGGGAGCCGAGCGUUGGGGGGCGCGGGUUUGGGUGGUUUUGUGGGAAUAUCACUGCGUCGGAGGUGUUGGAUGAGGGGUUGGAGGGGGAGGUGGGGGCGAGGGUGAGGGGGUUGGUGAGGGAGGUUGGCGGUGGCGGUGGAGAUGGAGAUGGAGAUGGCGAUGGCAAGGAGGUGGAGGAGUUGGUGACGGGGGUGGUGAAUUGGGUGGGGUUUGUGAGGCGGGAGGGGGUUUUCUCGGACGCUGAGGAUGAGAAUGAGGAUGAGGGUGAGGCAGGCGACGACAAACGCCUCCCCCGCACGGCCUCGACCAGCUGGAACUACCAGGUCUGCACGGAAUGGGGCUACUUCAUGCCCGGGUCGACCGUCCCGGCGCACAUCGCGCCGCUCGUCUCGCGCCUCCUCACCCCGGCCUUCUGGGUCGACAUGUGCAAUGCCACCUACGGCAUCACCACCCCGCCGGACACGGACCGCAUCAACCGGUACGGCGGGCUCGCCUUCUCGUAUCCCCGCGUCGCGCACAUCGGCGGUCGGGCCGAUCCCUGGAAGGAGGCGAGCCCCUUCGCGACGGGGCUGCCGGUGAGGAACUCCACGGCGAAGGAGCCGAUGCUUCUCAUCGGUGUGCCCGCGGAGGAGGUGUACGAUGGCAUGGAGGGCGGGGUGCAUCACUGGGAUCAGAACGGGGUGUUCGGGGUGGAGGAGUACUGGGAGGGGAAGAGGGUGGUGCCUCCAAGGGGCGUGCGGGAAGCCCAAGGCGAGGUGAUCGGGUUCGUCGGCGGGUGGUUGGGCGAGUGGCGCGAGACACAG